GGGCAGUGCUACAGGAUGGAGCGGGGUAACAUUGGUAGCAUUCCCUCGGUAUUUCAAAGCUCAAUUCUCCGAGCGGACUCUCGAGACCAUACGCCGUUAUGGGAUGGCCCCGGUUCUGGGCAGCGUAGCAGGUCUCGAGGGCGCUUCGUCCCCGACCGAAACGUUAUUCCGACCACGCCCUGUCCUAGAUGCGGAAAAAUGGGGCACUGGGCUCGGUAUUGUCCAAAUCAGUCAAUUGGCGAAUCCCCACGAAGACCACCUUCCUGGCAUACUGGGCGAGAGGCUACCGGAAAGAGGCCUUUUUCUUCAAGAGAUUCAAAUCUAUUUGGGACUAACCGCCAUGACUUUGGCCACCAGCCAGUGAAUUAUGACGUCAAAAACAAGAGGCCGAGACUGGAUUCACCGUCUUCCAGUCCAGAGGUGAUACCAGUCAAGGAAGAGGAGGAAGAUCAGCCAGUCGCCAUUGCCGAGCCAGUCAUCCGCGAAGGUUCGCGCAGAAGGUCACCAUCGCCAAAUCCCCAUGGUGAGAACCUUCGUGAGGAGAGACCGCCUCCAGAUCCAUUUGAAAGCCUUGUUUCACAACACCAAGAUCUGCAGUUGGUGGGUUCUAUGGUAGCCCGUCGUGGUGCGGAUGAAAUGCCACUUCAAAGAUCAGAAAACGCAAAUAAAGCAUCUUCAUUAAGCUCCAGUUCCGGAGAGGAAUCAUCAGAUUCAGAGGCUGAGGGACUAAGUCUUGCUCAACUAGCCAUUCAGAUGGAAAGGCAGCGGCAUCGCUUUAUUAUAUUCACCGACAAAGCUCGCCGGGCAUCUCGGAGGAUUGCAAGGCUCACAAGACUUUUAGAACGAGCGGCGGCAAAAUCGGCGUCUGAAGUAUCACCGCGGUCUACAAUAAAUGGCAGAUCUCCACGAUCCAAACAUAAUCAUUCGUCGCAAAUGCAGGACACGCCAGCGGCGGUACAGGCCGGGCCGUCCGAAGGCCAUACUGAACUCAGUUCGCCUCAAGGGAGCUCUCGACGUCAGACAAAAUCUAGCACUGAAAAUGGCCGUGACGAGUCCUCCAGUUGGCAGCCUGAGACGAAACGCACGAUAUGCACGUUGUACAAUUUCAACCGCAGAAAGGUCGGAGAGUUUACGCGAAAGCCUCGAUCACUAUUAUUACCACCAGAGAACCCAGGUCCAGUUCAAGAUACUGUCAUAGCAUCUACUCUCGACGGCCAUCUGCAUUUAUUUGACCAACGUGGCAAGAGUCAAUUCCAGUCAGUUUUACAUGAGGAACUGAGGAAUUACUGGUCCGAAGAUAUUGCCUGGGUAUCCCCAAACGUCCUUGCUGUUGCUGCUGCCGACAAGUCUGCACAAAACUCCACCAAAGGCGAUAAGGCGUCCAUUGUUCCCCAUCAAUUGGCACUCCUUUAUGAUUGUUCAGUAAAAAGGGGGAAAUUCACCUACAAAGUACAGCAUCUAAGAAACAACAUGCCCCACGAUAGAGGCAUUGCCCUUAUAUACCCGUUCGCCAAUCUGGGGAACAAAACCCGUUGGUUAACUGGUGGAAUGGACAAGAAGAUCUUCUUGUGGAGUUUUGAUGGGUCCUUUUGGGGGAAUCAGGAUGACUAUACCAAGGUCAAUCAUAUUAGCAUUCACACGGAGCAUACCUCGGCAGUCCAGGGAAUAUAUUACAAUCCGCACAGCGAGGUACUAUAUUCUGGUGGUCUGGACUCGCGACUGGUUGGAUGGUCUCUGGCUGAAGGGAGAAAUACGCUACCAUUCGAACGUAUGGAGGGAAAAAUCAGGGACAUCAGCGGCAUUCCAACACAUCCACAGCUGUUGCUUCUCGGAUUCGCGGAAAGCAAGAACCAGAUGCGCUUAUGGGAUGAACGGGAGAGAAAGGUUGUUCUGACUUUUGGUCUGAAUGAAGGCGCGAGCGAGGAUUCGAGUAGGUCAGAUAGCACGAAAUAUAGACAUCAUUCUGUGCAUCCCAACGGAUAUCUGGUUUCUCUCGGCCACAUCCGGGAUGGCACUGUCGCCAUUUGGGACAUGAGACACACCGGCGUACAACAGGGACCUGCACAAUCAUUGAGCGGCCAUACCAAACGAGUCAUAGUGGCAAAAUUCAACGAAUGGCGGGGGAAAAGCUCAAUCAUAUCACUGGGCCUGGACAAUAGCUUGGUGUUUACGGAUUAUCAGCUUCGAACGGAGGAGAUGCCAAAGCAGUUACGAUGACAUCGAGUAGAACGAAGCCGGUGUGACCUGUGAAUCCGAAUUUCAUCUCUGAUACGUUACUGAACGUGGGCGGACGCUUUCAUGCACCAUUGAUCCUCGAUCGGCAUUAUCAUCAAAUAUUUAGCCUGAAGCAAGCGGUUGAGUAGUAAUCAUUCAGUCAAAUCACAAGGCCACUGGACGUUGUGUGCAAAGGCAAGCAAUAGCUAGCGUUGCCAUGUUCAUCCUCCUGUGUACAGUUUAGGAUAUUGCAUCCUUGCAAAUAGAGAGCUUAGAUAUCCGUAGCGUUAGGGUUAGACUAUCGUCCAAAUGCAUUGUAGAAGGCGACAUGAUCGGGCCCAUUACAUAACCUGUCACAUG